CAAUUUUCUUCCUUGUCGGUUACCACUGAAAACAACACGUUGAACAGCAGGAUGUCGAGUUCAACAUUAAUGGUCGCCGCGAUAGAUUUAGGAACUACAUUUUCUGGAUACGCGUAUUCGACGAACGCUGAUUUUAAAGACAAUCCAUUAAACGUUAAAACAAGUCAAGAUUGGUCACAUGAAAUUGUAUCCAUCAAAUGUCCAACUUGCAUUUUGUUUGAUGAAAACAAAAAAGUGAAGUCGUUUGGGUAUGACGCUGAAGAUGACUACACAGAAAUUGUAGUGGAGAAAAGACAAAAUGAGUAUUAUUUCUUCAAGAACUUUAAAAUGAAUCUUUAUACAAGAGAGGUUAUUACAAACGACUUCAUGGUAGAAGAUGUAUCAGGUAAAGCAAUGUCAGCCAAAAUAGUCUUUUCAGCCUCGAUAGAGUUUUUAAAGGACCAUUUCCUGCUGAAUCUGAAGACGAGAGGUCUUUUAGGCACAUUAGUUAUGGAAAAUGACAUAGGAUGGGUGUUGACAAUUCCUGCUAUAUGGUCAGAACCUGCAAAGAAAUUCAUGCGAACGUGUGCAGUGAAGGCUGGAUUAGGAAAAAAGCCAAAUAUUGCUCUUGAACCAGAGGCUGCUUCUUUAUUUUGUCAGUUAGCACCAUUUUGCUCAACACCAAGAGACGUAAGACAGAAUACAGGUCCUUGUUUAAAAUUCAUGAUAGUUGACAUCGGAGGAGGCACUACAGAUAUCGUUGUUCAAGAGAAGCUAUUGGACGGAAGACUGAAAGAUUUAAAUAAACCUAGUGGGGAUCAGUGUGGUGGAACAUGUGUUGAUAAAGAAUUUAUGAAUGUUAUAUCGCAAAUGCUGGGGGAAGAUGUGAUGCGUAAAUUUGAACGUGACUAUCUGCAAAAGUAUUUAGAAUUACAGAGAGCUUUGGAACAUGUUAAAAAAGCAGAUCCAGAGAAAAGAAUUCGAAUGACCAUACCUUUUGUUGCUUUCGAUAAAAUUUGCAAUGAACAUUGUAAAAAGAGUUUCUCUGACGUCUUGAAAAAGUCGAAAUAUAAAAAUACAGUUACAUAUGUGAACAAUACGGAUAAGGUGCAAUUUUCGAAAGAGUUAUUUUUGUCUUUAUUUAAUUCAACUACCUCCAGAAUAGUUGAGUUGAUAAGUCAGAACUUGGAAAACCCUGAAUGUAAAGAAUUAUCGAUGAUAUUUCUUGUUGGGGGGUUAUCCGAAUCAAUAGUUGUUCAAAAUACAAUAAAGAAGGCAUUUCCAGACAAAAAAGUGAUCAUAAUACACGACAGCAUUACUGCAGUACUCAGAGGGGCUGUCAUGUACGGACACAAUCCAAAUAUAAUCGCUUCAAGGAUUGUUAAUCACUCCUACGGUAUUUCAAGCAAAGAGAGAUUUGAUCCUUCAAAACACCAAGAGAGCCGAGCUGUAACUGUUGAUGGUGUAAAACGUUGCCGUGAUACUUUUCAUAGUUUGAUUUCAGCAAACACACCAGUUGUUGUGGGAGAAAAACGUUCACAUACAUUUCAUACAAUAGAACCAUUCCAGGACAUUGCUACUUUUCGUUUAUUUUCAUCUCCACAUGAACAUCCUGUGUAUAUUGAUGACAAAGAUUGUAGACACUGUGCUGACUUAAAGAUAGAUAUUCAGAGUCCGUCAAACGACAGAAUUGAUAUAGAAGUUGAUUUUCAAUUUGGACUCACUGAGCUUGCUGUAACAGCAAAACAAAAAGGAACAGAAAACAAAUCAAACGUUCCAAUAAAGUAUAAAUAAACACAUAAAAGUUAUUGUUCACGUUAGACUAGUAGGUUAGAUUAAUUAUCAAACGAUGACUACAGUUUUACGUUAAAGAGGAUGUGUAUGCCAGUGAGACAAUAACCAAUGAAACAAUUAAUGGAAAAAGGCAUCAUAGAUUUUCUUUCAAUUCAGACUUCCUUCCAAAACUACAUAUUUCUUCUAUGCCAUUUAUGCAAAAUAAAUGUUUGGAGUGCGUCAUACAACCUUCCAUUGCUAACAAGGACACCAGGAUGUCGACCCCUGUGUUGAUGGUAGCAGCCAUAGAUUUGGGAACAGCGUUUUCAGGAUAUGCAUUUUCAAUGAAAGCUGAAUUUGAAAAUAAUCCGUUACACAUAAAUGCAAACCAAGCCUGGAGGCCUGGAAAUUUAUCCAUAAAAUGUCCAACUUGUAUUUUGUUUGAUGAGAACAAAAAGGUUUUGUCGUUUGGGUAUGACGCUGAAGAUGACUACAUGAACAUUUUGUUGGACAAAACACAGAAUGAAUAUUAUUUCUUCAAGAAUUUUAAAAUGAAUCUUUAUAAGAUAGAGGUCUUAACAAAUGACUCCAUGAUAGAAGAUGUAACAGGGAAACCAAUUUUAGCUAAGACAGUCAUUAUCGGAUCGUUAAAGUCAUUAAAGGACCAUUUAAUGAAUAAUUUGAAAACCAGAGGUCUUCUAGGUACAGCAAUUCAGGAAAAGGAAAUAAGAUGGGUAUUUACAAUUCCUUCGAUAUGGACAGAACCGGCAAAGAAGUUUAUGCGAACAUGUGCAGUGAAGGCUGGAUUAGGACACAAUCCCAUUAUUGCUCUUGAACCAGAAGCCGCCUCCAUAUUUUGUCAAUGUGUCCCAUUUUCCUCAACACCAUCAUCAGAUUUAAAAUGUAUGAUAGUGGAUAUCGGAGGAGGCACAACAGAUAUUGUUAUUCAAGAGAAACUGAAAAACGGUAAACUGAAAGAUUUGUGUAAACCUUGUGGUGAUGAGUGUGGCGGUACACAUGUUGAUAAAGAAUUCAUGAAGGUCGUAUCGCAAAUACUAGGGAACGAUGUGUUGAUUGCAUUCAAACGUGACUAUCCAUUAGACUAUUUAGAACUACGGAGAGCUUUAGAACUCCUAAAACAAGCAGAUCCAGAGAAAAGAAUUCGAAUGUCUGUGCCAUUGGUGGCGUUCGAUAAAAUUUGCACUGAUCAUUAUAAAAAGACUUUCGUUGAUAUUUUAAAACAGUCAAAAUGGAAAGACACAGUUACACACAUUACGGGGGAUAAAGUGCAAUUGUCGAAAGAGCUUUUUUUGUCUUUAUUUAGUUCAACUACAUCCAGAAUAGUUAAUUUGAUGAGAGAGAACUUGAAAAAUCCUAAAUGUAAGGACCUAUCUAUGUUAUUACUUGUUGGUGGGUUUUCUGAGUCGGUAGUUGUACAAAAUACUAUAAAGACGGCAUUUCCAGACAAAACAGUGAUCAUUAUACCUGACAGCAGUACUGCAGUACUCAGAGGAGCUGUCAUGUACGGACACAAUCCAAAUAUAAUCGCUUCAAGGAUUGUUAAACAUUCCUACGGAAUUCUAAGCAGACAACGAUUUGAUCCUUCAAAACAUCAGGAGAGCCGUGCUGUAACUGUUGUUGAUGUGAAACGUUGUCGAGAUACAUUUCAUAGUUUGAUUUCAGCAAACACACCAGUUGUUGUGGGAGAAAAACGUUCACAUACAUUUCAUACGAUAGUACCAAACCAAGAAAUUGCUACUUUUCGUUUAUUUUCCUCUCCACAUGAAAAUCCUGUGUAUAUUGAUGACAAAGAUUGUAGACACUUUGCUGACUUAAAAAUAGAUAUUCAGAGUCCGUCUAAAGACAGAAUUGAUAUUGAAGUUGAUUUUCAAUUUGGACUUACAGAGCUUGCUGUAACAGCAAAACAAAAAGGAACCGAAAAUAAAUCAAACAUUUCAAUAAAAUAUAAAUAAAUUUAUAAAAGUAA